AUGGCGAAGAAAAAACCUAUGAGUAAUGAAGAGAGGUUACGGAGAAAAAAAGAGUGUGAAAAGAGAAGAAGAGAAAGGAUUAAAUUAAGUGCUGAAGCUACUGAAGCGUUGAAAAAACAAAAACAUGACAUUUAUGUAAGAUUAAAGAAUCAGGGAAAAGUCAAAAUGAUUAAUCAGAUGACCAGAAGAGAGAAGAAAGAAAGACGUAAACGUUGGAAUAUAAACACACAAAAUAGACGUACCAGAAUUAAAGCUGCACAAGAAGCUGAGGGAUGGAAUACCCCUCCAGAAACUGACAAUGAGGAUAACCCAGAUGUAGUAAUAAACCAUCAGGAACCUACACGUGAUAAUAAUAAGUUGGUAGCUGGGCCAAUUCAAGAUCAUUCUCCAGAGCUACGAGGACAAUGCAGUAGACAGAACAACAGUGGUAGAAAGAGAGUUCGUAGGGAUAGAUCAGCAGCAUACAGGGAAAUAAGCAAAUUAAAAAUUGAGAUAAAAAGACCUAAGAAAUCAAAAGAGAAGUAUAAGAAAAGGUUUUACAGAGCUGAAAACAAACGUAGGGCUACUCCAAACGAAGAUACAACACCAAGGAAAAAAGUGAAAGAAAUCAUAAAAAGGAAUGGAAGUGUGAACACAGAAUUAAAAGUAGACAAGAUUUAUGUACUUCCCAUCGAAGAAAAGUUCAUAUUAGAAGAGGGACAGUUCUUGCAGGAAAAUGUGUCAAAAAGGCACUAUGUCAGUACACCAAGCUUGCUGGUCAAGAGAAAAUGA